CCAAUAAGAAGAAGAAGGCGCGAUUUCCCGCCCACCGCGCUCUUUGAUUGGUCGGUUCCUCCAGGAGCAGCUGGGAACAUGGUGUAGCAGAUCUGGCAGUCCUGUUUUACAUACAGAGAUGAAGAAAGAACAAGUGUUCAACUGCCAGUUUUCUUCCUGGUAUCCUCAUUUCAAGAGCCAGACCAUCCGCAGUAUCAUUCUUCCAAUACCACAGAAUGUAAAAGAUUACUUGCUAGAUGAUGGAACUCUGGUAGUUUCCGGCAGAGAAGAUCCCCAAACAAUAUCCCAAGAAGACGAUGGAGAUGAUGAUGAGACAGAAGAAACUGUGUGGUCUGAUGAUGAAAAUACUGCAACACUUACAGCACCAGAAUUUCCUGAAUUUGCCCUUAAAGUUGAAGAGGCAAUCCAUUCCCUCGGAGGCAGUGUUUUUCCAAAGCUUAACUGGAGUGCUCCAAGGGAUGCCUACUGGAUAGCUAUGAACAGUACGCUGAAAUGCAACAGCCUCAGUGAUAUUUUCCUACUUUUCAAGAGUUCGGACUUCAUUACUCGCGAUUUCACUCAACCGUUUAUCCAUUGCAACGAUGAUUCCCCUGACCCUUGUUUGAGUUAUGAACUUGUCCUCCGAAAAUGGUGUGAAUUGAUUCCUGGGGCAGAGUUCAGGUGCUUUGUGAAGGAAAACAAACUUAUUGGUAUAUCUCAACGAGACUACACUCAGUACUAUGAACAUAUCUCUAAACAGAAAGAAGAGAUCUGUAGAUGUAUACAGGAGUUUUUCAAGAAACACAUCCAGUAUAAAUUUUUGGAUGAAGAUUUUGUAUUUGAUGUCUACAGGGACAGUAUGGGCAGAGUGUGGCUAAUUGAUUUUAAUCCAUUUGGUGAAGUAACUGAUUCUUUGCUGUUUACAUGGGAAGAAAUAAGGUCUGGAAAUAGUUUGAAAGAGGACCAGAGUGAAGGUGCGGCAAUGGAAGAGGACUGUCCAUCAUUCCGUUGCACAAACAGCAACCUCACUGUCCAGCCGAGUCCGUAUCUGAGCUACAGAUUGCCCAAGGAUUUUGUAGACCUUUCCACAGGAGAAGAUGUUCACAAAUUAAUUGACUUGCUUAAACUGAAAAGAAAUCAACAAGACGAUGAGGAACCAUGAAGAGUAGGAUAAAAUGGAAAGCAGAAAUAAGGCUGCCGAAAGAUAGCAUUUAAUUGUGCCAGUUCUGAGAAAGAGCUGCCUUUUGUCACAGAAGAAAGGCAGUGUUAACAUUGCAUGAUCUUUUAAUGGAAUAAAGAUGUUUUCACCUAA